AUGUCGCAUUCACGGGAGAAAACAUGGACUGAGGAUGAGAAGUCAGUGUUUCAUGAGAUGUGUCAAGAAUUGGCCUCUCAAGUUAACACGCGCUUUGGACCAAUACAUCCACCACGCCAUCCUGCUCCUGCACAAUCAGUGCCUCUUCCGGACUCAAAUAACAGUGCAAGAAAACGACCCUUAUAUCCAACAGAUAAACCCAUCCUCGCCCCGCGCGCCAUACAGCCCCGGCCUCCUGCUGGUCCUGCUUCAUAUAGCAGCGAAAGUGGCGCCUCAACAAUGCUGUCUCCAGGCACUGGGGAUGUCCCGGGCGCUACCGAACCACCGCGGAAACGAGGCCGACCAACCAAACUCGAAGCGGAGCGGCGCAAGGCAGAAGCUGAAGCUCGCGGGGUGCUUUAUCAGCCUCAGUCCCGACAACGUGGAUCGCAAAAAGCAAAAGCUCCAUCCACACCUACCAGUCCUUCAGGUGUUGAAGCAGGUGGGACCGUUUACACUCAGACCAGCAAUCGACCUCCACUUAUACCACCGCCGGGAUUGCACUAUGUGCAUCCACCUUUGAGAUCGAUGCCGUUGCCUGGGUCCAGUGACGAGGAGCGAAUGAGGACUAUGCCUAAUCAAAUAAGCCCAGCAUUACGAGAGCUACCACGCCCGCAAGAAACUAGACAGACACUUCCUUCUCCGCAUGCUUUGCAACUUGGCCAUCGAGAAAGUAUACCACGUAUCGAGCCAGGAGACCGACCUUAUGAGCCUCUACCACCCGAAAGACUCACUUUUACGGACAGCAGCCGAAGGAGCCUCGUUAACCCCCCUCCCCGACCCCCAGACGAACCGCAUACGCCAGACAAGCAAAUUCCGCUAACCACAACGGCCGAGAAACGAACAUAA